CUUAUCAAAUACAUUUUCAGCUACUAUUGAAAUUGACCAGAUGAAUUUUCUUUUUUAUUCUGUUCAUGUGGUAAAACUAUUGAUUGCUUUUCAGAUGCUAAAUUCCAAACUAUACCCAGGCUUUGUCUGUCUUGCUCGAUCCCCUGUGCUUGCCUUUUAUCUGGGACCUUGUCACUGGCGUUGGUGGGUGGCACAGCUUUCAGCCUCCUCUCUCGCGCGUCCUUGCCAAACGCUGAGAUCAAGGCUGUUGGCCUCACAAGCUGGGGACAAGGAGUGCCGUCCACCAUGGUGAAGCUGAACUGCAGCUUCUCUGGGAAGACAGGCUCUGGGGACGGGGGUACCAUGGACAGUGUCCCUCUGAUCAGUCCCCUGGACGUCAGCCAGCUCCAGCCGUCGUUCGCUGACCAGGUGGUCAUUAAGACGCAGACGGAAUACCAGCUGUCCUCCGGGGACCCAUCGACAAAGUUCUCCGACCUGGAGGGCCAGAAGCUGAGCGGGGGCCCAGAGGACAUGCACAGCAGGAUGCCCACGGGCCGGAUGAUCGCCUUCACCAUGGCGCUCAUGGGCUGCCUCCUGAUCAUGUACAAGGCCAUCUGGUACGACCAGUUCAGCUGCCCGGAUGGCUUCCUGCUUCGGCACAAGAUCUGCACCCCGCUGACCCUGGAGAUGUACUACACCGAGCUGGACCCCGAGCACCACCGCAGCCUCCUGGCGGCCAUCGGCGCCUACCCGGUGGGCCGCAAGCACGGCACGGAGACCCCCUGGCUGUCCGCGAGCUACCACGCCUUCAAGGAGGGGCCCAGGAAGGCGUCCAGGGCGCAAGCCCGCGCGGCGGCCGCGGCGGCGGUCACCGAGCCCUCCAGGAAGCCCCCCGGGAAGCCCCCCGGGGACGCCUCGCUGCAGGGAGAGAAGGAGGCGGCGCAGAAGGUGGCGGGGAGCACGCCGCCCCCAGCCCCCCAGUGAGGGCCUCUGAGUCGCAGCUGCUCCGCCGCCUGUGGCCGCCCUCGCCCGAAGCCGCCCCCGCUGUGGUCGCUGUGGUCGCUGUGGUCGCGCCCCUGCUCCCAGGCCCCUCCUUGUAGCCGCCCCUCCUGCCCCGCGUGAGCCGCUAGCUCUGUCGCUUUUCUCUGAGUAAAGAUUCCACCUGGUUUCCCCUGAGCAUCCUCCGUCCUCGGCCUUUUUCCUGCCGCCCCCCGCCCCCGAUUCGGGCGCGCUCCCGCUUCGUGCCCCGCACCCCGUUUGGGCGCCCUCCUGCCUCGUGUCCCCUUUACCCCGGGUUUUCUUUAGGAAGAAAGCUUUAAAGCUCAGCUUAAAAACGGCUACUAACCUAGCAACCUUCGUAUAUGCCCUCACUUAUUCCUUAGUAUUUCAUUGUCACUGUUCAGUCGCUAAGGUGUGUCCGACUAUGACCCCGAGAACUGCAGCCCGGCAGGCUUCCCUGUCCAUCACCGUCUCCUAGAGCUGGCUCAAAUUCAUGUCCAUUGAGUCGGUGAUGCCAUCCAACCGUCUCAUCUUCUGUCCUCCCCUUCUCCUCCUGCCUUCGAUCUUUCCCAGCAUCAGGGUCUUUUCCAGUGAGUCGGCUCUUCGUUCGAAUCAGGAAGCCAAAGUUUUGGAGUUUCAGCUUCAACAUCAGUCCUUCCAGUGAAUAUUCAGGACUGAUUUCCUGUAGGAUAGACUGGUUGGAUCUCCUUGCAGUCCAAGGGACUCAAGAGUCUUCUCCAACACCACAGUUCAAGAACAUUAAUUCUUUGGCGUUCAGCCUUCCUUAUAGUCUUAUCUGUUUAGUAUAUUUAAUCCCUCUGAACUUUUUAAGACAUCUCCCCAAAGAGACAAACUUCGUUAAUUAGAUUUCCUAAGGAUUUCAAACCCCAGGAAUCUUCGGAACGUUUUAACAGCCUGCUUCUCAGGACACCGCUUAUCACCACAAGGUCAGAGUCAGAUCUUAAACUGAAAUUCCCUCACCUCCUAGAAUUAAAACCCAAGGGUGUUGAGAUGAAAUUUAAACCAUUUCAAAUUAAAACAGUUCACCGGUGCUGUUCAUCCUCA